AUUCGAACAUCAACUCGCUGAGAAAGUCGAAUAAACUGAGACAUAAUGGACUAUUUUGCUGCCUAAAUAAAAAAAUUAACGCAUUUUGACGCGAUAAUUUAUACUCCUACUAGUUUGGCGAUAUACACAUGCUGAUCCUGAGCCAUGGUGAAAGAACGGGUCCAGAAGAAGUCCUUCCAGCAGAGUCUGGAAGACAUCAAGGAGAAGAUGAAGGAAAAGAGGAACAAACGGCUGGCCAGUGCCUCUGCUCCCAACAGAGGACGAUCCAGAAUGAUAAACAAAAGCAGUGGGGCUAACUCCACACACACCAUUCUGAAGGGUGUUCAGCAGAACAACAAGUCUCUGGCCGUAGCCCUGCAAGCUGAGAAGGAAAAAGUGAGGCAAGCCAAUGCAGUGAUCCUGCAGCUGAAAAGAGAGCAACAGGCUCUGUUCCUUCACCUCCUUCUGCUCAAGAGGAAGCUCAAGGAGCAGGAAGCUCUGGCAGCAAGUGUUUCAGAGACUAAGCCUGCAAACAUCCCGGUAGAACCUCAGCACCAUGUGAAUUUAGCAAGGAGAAAGCAGAUCAUCCAGAAUGUUGAGGAUCCCAUUGUGAGCAAAGCCUCACCAAUUUCUGCAGAGCCUGAGCCCUCAGAAAACAAUGGUCAACAUGGAUGUGACAAGCAUGUUACCUUGCCACCUACAGUGGGUGUACGCCGUCGGCACGCAGAUACAAGAAGCAGGAGGAGAUCUGAGCGUGUGCAGGAACAGAGUUUAAUCAGUGAGGGGGACCCCAUCGCAGGCCUGGGGGCUUUAGUAGCAAGUCCUGUUUGCAGUGACGAUAAAAAUCCAAAUCCACAGCAAGGAACAGAACCAGAAAUGGCAGAUCCCAUUGACACUGAGGAAUUUCAGCACUCUACUCCUGAACCUGUCCCACCUAAAAAGAACAACCAACGGCAGCCCAAUAAGAAACAAGUCCAGCAGCAGCCCCGCACCAAACCAGAACCGGCUGCACGGAAACCUGAGAGAGGCCGCAGACCAGAGCGUGCCCAAUUAAAGAAACCAUGGGAGAAUCCCAAACCCAGAGCCCGCUCCAAGAGUCGGGACCGUUCAGCCACACGUUCCAAAACAGCACCUCCUCCACAGAGCAAUAAGCUCAACACCUCACUGGGAUUUAAUGACACAUUUGACUUUGACUGUGAAGAGAAGGUUCACAUCACACCCUUCAAGGCAAAGGCAGAGGACAAUCAGUCGUCCACACCCGCCAGCGGAGAGGCUCCUGAAGCAGGACAGGCCCAAACUGAAGUGUCAUCUGUUGCUUCCAAACAGGAUGAGUCCAGCUCGUCAUCACCAUCUUCUGAGUCAGAGGACAGCCUGUAUGUCCCUCAAAAAACCAAGAGGAGGCAGACUUUGUCUGACAAGACCAAGGUGAUCGCCACCCGUAGUGGUCGACCCUCUGAAGUUGUCAGACAGAGAGAAAACAUCCCCUCAAAACAGGAGAUCUCAGUCUUUAGAGAUAAGGAGUCAAGUCCUAAGGCUUUAGACACUAAAAAGGAAGAAGCUCAUCACCAUCACUCCCCUGACUCUAGCUUCUCUAACAGCCCUAACCCUGCAGGGAUGGGACAGGAAAAUCACCAAGAGCCUCACAGUGAGGUUAUGGAGGAGGAUUGUUUGCUCCCCGUCAGCCCUCUGGUUGAAGCUGAGAUGAUGAGAAUAGACAAUGUCCUAUCCAAUUUUGGUGAUUCUUCCUGCGACGUUCCACCACUUUUACCUCACCAAACGCCUCAGAGGAUCAAGACACGCAAGAAACGUGGGCUUGGUGUAAGGACAGCAGGGCGGGGCUUGAGUCUGUGUGAUGUGACCAAUCUGUCCCCUGCAGCCUAUCGUAAGUUUUCCUCUGAUGCCCGAUGCUCCACCCCUGUUCCUGCUCGCAAGCGGCGCUGCACAAUGACGGUGGACUACAAGGAGCCCUCUCUAAACGCGAAACUUCGGCGUGGAGACAAGUUCACGGACUUGCAGUUCCUCCGUUCUCCUAUUUUCAAGCAGAAGCCUGACAGGAGGUCUGUGCAGAAAUCAAGGAGUUCAGUGAGUGGCCAGCAGCCAUUAGAGAAAUACAAUGAGUCGUUUGUUGGAUGUCUCUGAGAGCAGCUACUUUGUUUUGACUGUUUUAUACAGUUUUGAGAAGUGAUCAUUUGUUUUUUUUGUUUUUACUCACAAGGUUGUUUCUUUACGUGAUGUGAUAUGUAAUGAGACUUUGAUCAGUUUGAGAUUUUUUUGUGAAUGUUUUAUGCUUAUUCUGCAUAUGUCUAUAGUCGUUCUUCCCUCCUCCAUUUUUCUAAGUAAAUGUAGUAAUGGUUAUUUUCUGAAAAUCAGAUUUUACAGUUUUAUGUCAUCAUCUUACUUACACGUGUUUUUAUUAUGAGAUCCUGAAUAUGAGAACAUAUUAUUGUCAUAUAAUAAAUUCCUUCUUAGAUUUUAUCUUCUGCUGUAUGAUAUGACAAUAAACUUAAUUUGCUCUA